CACAGAGAACUUCGCAUACAAAGUGAGUUCUGAAAAUAAUUUCUCAGUCUGGAGAAUACAAAAAUUUCAAACAAAAACAAAAACAAGAAAUCCUUUAAAAUCCUUUUUAGCACAACUUUUUCGGUGACAGAGAGAUACUAAAUAUGAUUUCACAAGGACAACAAGAAGAAAACUACAGCAAAAUGUGUGAAAUCCAUACCGCGGCGGAAAUCGUAAUAAAUCACGCGAUGAAAUCAGCCGAAAGCACUGUAAACAGUAGCAUCAAGGACGUUUCUAAAUCCACUAUUUUAUAUAGGACUCCAAUUUCGAGGUCCAUGUCGUUGGCGUUUAUAUUGCCAUCGCCACCACCACCUUCAAUAGAAUUAGAAAGAGAAGCACAUAAAGCAUCGCAUCGCAUGGCAUCAGUAUCGUUAUCAUCAUCAUCGUCCUGUAUGAAAUGGCAUUGGGAGAUCAAGGACUUCAGCUUGGAUCGGUUAGUAGCCCAAAUAAGCGACUUUGUUAAUCGGUGGAAACUCUCGAAAGGCAUCAAGUUUUGCAUAAAACACAUAAAGUCCUAUUUCGAUGAGAGUGCAUUUCUUACCACCCCCUCGCAGCUGAACUUAAUGAAUACAACCCAAAAAUACACCAUGAGUAGACAUUAUAUAGAUGUGCUCUUCUCGAAACCAACAAUGGUUUGCCCUAAUCCUCUGGCAGUUGCCAAAGUGCACUUCAUAAUUUAUGCAGUUGCGUUGAAGGAGGAUGAGCUUCAGCAUCAAGACCAUCAUCAUCAAAAAGAGUAUUCGCCUUGCACUUUAGUCAGCGUGAAAUAUCAAUUCGAAGGAUUCAAAUCUUGGCACACGGUUGAUUCUGAUCGCUUCGAUUUUCAAGAUGCAUACAUUCGAUUUAUAAUAGACUCCAAAACGAAGUUCUUUUCUCUUAAUGGUGUUUUGAAUUAAUGAUGAGACCGGAGUAUCUCUAUCUCUCUCUCUCCCCCUAUAAAACUUGGUGUGUUUGAUUUUUGAGGGCGAAGUGGGGGGUUUGUUGAAGAUAGAGCUAAAGGACGAAAAGUAGAAAAGUGUCUCAACAUACUAUAAUACCGUUAAACAUACAUAAACUCGUAAUUCUCGUCUAUUUUCUGUUGCGGAUACAGAGUCAAGUAAGCGUGCGUUUAUUUUUAAUGAAACAUCCUUGAAUUCGAGUUCAUUCUCUAUGCUGCUCUUCUUCUCUUGAUUUUGAUGCUCCUGCUGCUUAAUGGUAGACGAAAUAGAUCCAAUAAAAUUCUAGAGUUUGCAAAGCA